AUGUCCUCUAUAUCUACCGCGAGCCAUUGGCUCUGGAACUUUAUCAUCGCCGUGGUCACACUGGUUGCGUUGUAUAGUAUUGGAUGGAGAUACUACAUUGUUUUUACCGCCACAUCUGCAUCUGUUCCUUUGAUUGUGCUUCCUUUGUUUGCAGAGACCAUGAAUCGGAACCUAGAACUGAUUGACAGAGCAUUCAAAGAAGCCCCUACUAUCUGGGAUAUCAUUCCGAUGGCCAGGCGAUUGUUACAGGGUGAUGUUCAGCCCAAAGCGGGCGGUAUGAAUGAGGAGAAGGGUGCUGAAGCCGAAGUUGCCAGAGUGGAGCAAAAGGAGUUUGCUUGA